AUGGCGUCGGUCGAGGACGGCGCGGCGCACACGCUGUCGAUGGACGUGAAGGUGGUGGAUGGGAUGGUGCCCAAGGCUGAGUUCGAUCGAGCGAUCGAGGCGGCGCAGCAGGCGCUGCGGGCGAAGACGGCGUCGAGUCAGCAGAUGCUCGCGCAGGCGUCGGGGGCGAUGCGAAACGCGCUCACGGCGCUGAGCCUGAGCGAACAGGAGGUGGCGAACCUGAAGGCGACGGUUAAGGAGCUGCAAGAGCGUCCGGCGGAGGGGACGAACGAGAUUAUCGAGCGGGAACGGGAGGAGCUGCGCAUGGCGCAACAACGCGUGGCGGACCUAUCCUCGGCGUUCCGACAAUUGCAGGGUGAGGUGGCGCGCGUGCGAUACGAACAAGAGGGUUUUGAUAUGCCGGUGGGAAUGUCGCUACCGGUGAAGAUUGCCCCCGAACUCUCGAGCAGAGUGACGGUGAUCGCGCAGUUGGUCAUGUUGGGAUAUGCGUAUGAAGACGGUGAAAUGGCUCUGGACGCCAUCCGCGUGAACGAUUUACACUUGGCGCUGGAAUGGCUCGAGGGUCGACACGCCACGAAGACGCAGUUUUCCAUCAAUCAGCGCAGAGCGGCGAUGCUGGAUGAUACGAUAAGAUCUCCUGCGUUGGAUUCACCCACAGAGGCGCGACGCAUCACAACCACAAACGAACGAACGACAACAACGCGCGCAAAAAUCCAGCCGAUCAGGGAUCCAAAGAGCGUAGAACAGCCGAAAAUUGCGCCAAUAGAAACGGAGCGCGUGCGUGUCAUCGCGCGCACGAAUACUACACAGCGGUUGAAAGUGGAGCGAGGUCGACUGAGCAUGUAUGAAGCUCGCAAGCGCGCCGUUUCUUCAAUGAUUUGCAUGGCUAUCAACCCUCCGGGCUCGAUGCGGGGACUCUCAGCGGGAAACAUUCGCAGUGGAUUCACGGCAGAAGAAAUUGCUGAGCGUUGCAUCGCCGGGCUCGCUCGACUCGCACAGCGCUCCGGAUCUUUUAUGAUCCUCUCUUUGGGGGGUAAUCGAUGUGCCUUCGAUUGCGUGAAACUUUACGGCAAAAAUCCACGCAUGGUUAUCAACUGCUUCAGGUUGAUGAGAGCUCUUGCGAGUAAUCCUAUCACAAUGAUGCAUGUUAAAAAGCAGCAGCGAUUCCGACUUCUUCCAACCACUGUCUCUCAAGCUGUUGGCUUACACGAACAGAAUCUUGAAGUUGUUAGCGAGGGUGCUCACACACUUUGGGCUUCGAACACGCUCGGAGGUAAGGUGUCUCAAGAACGCUGUAAAUCGUCCGGAAUUUUGCGUUACGUGAAAGCGGCACUGGUGAAUCCUCAAAAUCAGUCGAAGGAUCCAGACGGAGCGCAUCGGAAGAACAUGAUCGGUAUGCUCUUGUCCAUGGCAAACGAGAACAAAACGAUGCAAACGUUCUUUGUGAAAGAGGGCUAUAGAGCAAUCAUACGAAAGGUCCUCCACGAUUUUCCCGCAGUCAAGUUCGGUGGUGAAUUCUCAUCAAUGAGCGACUGGCUUACAGAGGAGUACAAUUCGCCAUCUUUUGCUCCUGAUGACGGCGAGCUGAACGCUCCCGCUAAGGCUGAGCGUGACAACAAGAGCGUAUCAGCGGUCAAGAAUUAUCAGAAGGUCGCUGGUCACCAACAACGCGCAGCCCUGAUGCGUGACAAGGCAAAAGCUCGUGGCGUGAAUCCAGAACAAAUGUAUAUGGCGAAGAAACGAGUCGUUACGAUGCUUUGCAAAAUAGCGCUCAAUCCGCCAGGCUCUGUCCAAGGCGUAUCAAAGGCUGAAAACGAGGAAAUUGCGUACAGAUCUUUGCUCGCACUCGCACGCAUCACCGAAAAGGGCUCUGGUUACCUCGUUCUUACAAGCGGCGGUCCUCGCACAGCCGUGGACUGCAUACGUUACUACAUUCACAACGCAGACAUAAUGUACGCUUGCUGUCGUAUCUUACGCGAUUUGCUCACAAAUCCUUCUACAAUGAUGCACCUCGUGAAGCAGGUUCGGUUCAAGAUUCUACCAUCUGCCAUCAUGGACGCCGUCGCGCGGCACGUGAAUGACUUGGAAAUGAAAUCCGAAGCCGCUCAUGCCCUUUGGGCGUAUACUGGAGUUGGAGGUGAGCCAGCGCAACAGACGCUGAUGGACUGCGGCCCGUUGGUUUUGGAUUUCCUCAAGGACGGACUCGCCGAGGCUCGCGCCGAUGUUAGUUCAAACCAGUACCUCUCGACGGUUCGUAAAUUCAUCGGGUGCAUUCUUUCUCUGGCGAAGGACAACAAAGAUGCUCAAGAUAAACUUGUCGCGGUUGGGUUACGCAGCGCUACACGCAAGGCGCUGAGCGAACAUCAGAGCAUUUCCUUCCACGGAGAAUUCAGCGCUUUGCGAGACUGGAUCAGAGGUGAUAGAGGUGGAGCUAAAUCCACUUCUCGGAGCGCCGCUGUGUCACGAACGGAACGCAACGCUGCGGAAACUGUACUUGGGUCAGGUCAAGGCGAAGGAAUGAACGUCCCAGUUGACCAUAUAAAAGCCCAACAGCUUUUCGCGCAUGAGGAUGAACGUCAAAUGAGCGGUACACAAAGCCCAUCCCUAACGAGAGCUGUCAACCAGCAGGAACAACAUCGACAUGAACUAACGGAUUCAAAUACGCAAGAAGUCAAGAAUGCGUUGCAAAGCGUGCUUUUGAAACAGGACAACGAAGAUGGACGGAACUUUAACGUAACAACGGAGACGAUGGUGGAGACGACAACGACGACGAAGAUUGAAAAGUUGCAAGGAAGUAAUCGCGAUUCAUCGGUUGCAAUGCAUGACCAGUGGAAUAUCAACGAGUGCAUCUCUAUUCUGAAGGCUCAUGACAAUCGAUUGCACAAGCGAGCGUCAGAGCGUGUCGCAGAAAUGUUCUCCGAUGAACCCACCACUGGCAUCGCUUUUGUCCUGAACGGUGGUCUCGAUGCGCUGAUGCACGCGCUGUCGAGCGGCAACGGGACGUUCGCCGCUGGCGCAUGUGCGUUGAUCCAUAUGCUCUGCUCGAGCGAUUUAGCGUUGAGACGCUGUCAGUCCGCCGAUUCGGUGCUCAGUGGAACAUUGUUCAGCGCUAUAAUUGAAGCCAUGUCAACUUGGCCCAAGAAUGUUCCUUUACAGCAGUGGGGCCCGACCGCAUUGUGGGCGCUCCUCAAGGACAAUGCUCGCGCAAAGGCGUCCUUCCUACUCAUCAAGACCUCCCACGGUGAAGCGGGUCUCAGAGUGCUGAAAGAUUCUCUGAAGGCUGGCGCAGAUUCAGAGGCAGUCGUUCGAGCCAACGUCGGAUGCUUGCUGUCAUUGGCUAUGAACUCUAUUCCUGCACAGAAGAUGAUCGGCGAUUUGGCUUUGCCGAAUGUGAUUCUCUCCUCUCUAUCACGGCACCCCACGAUAUCAUACAGGGGGCAGUUCGAUAGCCUCAGAGAAUGGCUUCGCGAUAGCGCUCGGCGGGAAGAAGAGAUCGCAAGAGACGUGUCGUUCCGACAGUAG